AUGAGUGAUCUACGUGCUUUGAUGAAGCGUGAGCGCAUGCUUCAGCAAAAAGUGGCUGCGGUGGCGAAAUUCGUCGAAGCUUUCGACAGGGAUCGUGACGAGUGUCAAAUCGAAGUGCGAUUGAAAAAUCUAGAUGAAGUGUAUUCAGAUUUCUUUUUGCUGCGUGAGAAAAUCGAGCUGCUGAUGGAGGAUGCGAAAGUUACGGAGGAAGACGGAAGCGAUUCCAAAAAGGAUGAGAAAGAGAAGAAGGAUGCUGAACAGGAAAAUCUACGUGCCGUAGAGGAGUUUGAAAACCGGCAAAAGUUUCGGUUCAGCGAGUUGAUGGGAAUUCUGGUGGGCAAUCCGCACCACACUCUAAGUCUGAUCCAACAAAACGGCAAGCUGAACCCGAUGUACAAGUUCACAUACUUGAGGACGUCACUCAAGGGAGAUGCUCUGAUGGAAAUCAACACCAUUGAACUCUCGGCCGUCAACUACGAGGUUGCAUGGCAGGUUCUCCAGGAGCGCUAUGAGAACAAAAAGCUGAUCGUCAAGGCAUACUUGGAUGCACUUUUUUCGAUGGAGCCGCUCAGAAGAGAGUCGUACGACGGACUGAAUCAGCUCGUCAGCGAAUUUGAAAAGAACCUGCAGAUGCUGGAAAAGAUUGGUGAACAGACAGCUCAGUGGAGCACUAUACUGGCAUACAUGCUUUGUGGUCGGUUGGACACAGCGACACUACGUUUAUGGGAGGCUCACCACAAUUCCAAGGACGUUCCGAAGUAUAAGGACCUGGUGAAUUUCCUCCGCAAUCAGUGUUCAGUGUUGCAGUCAAUAGCCCCAUUGAAGGCAAGCAGCUCAGAUCAACGUCAGUCGAAGGCGUCAAUGUGUCAUGCUGUGGUGAAGACGUCGAAUAAAUGCCCAUUUUGCGGGGAUUCUUGGCACACCCCAUUCCAUUGCCUCAAGUUCCAGAAAAUGAAGAUUGCGGAGCGUAACGAAGCGGUUAUGAGAGGCAAACUUUGUCGCAACUGCCUGCACCCUGGUCAUAUCGCCAGAACAUGUGACAAAGGUGUCUGCCAUCACUGUCAGCAGAAACACCAUAGCAUGCUGCACGUCAUUCCGGUAAGAUCCUCCGUUCCACCCGCGUCGAGUAGAAACCAAGAAGCUAGCCCGCCACAACGCCAAUUUCAUCGGCAACCACAUUCCAACCCACAGCAACCGAACCAACAAGCACACACUCAAGCGAACAAUGCACCCACCAAUACUGCCAACUCACAUAGCACAAGACCACCACAGCCACAACCAAGCACAAGUCAAGCCAGCACAAGCCACACGUACAUUGCAUUACCCAAGACACCUACACAAAACAUUCUUUUGUCAACGGCACUCAUUCGAGUUAAAGACCGUUUUGGAAACGUCAUGCUAGCUCGAGCAUUGUUGGAUUCCUGUUCCCAACAUUGCUUGAUGACUAAGGAGUUCUCGAACAAGCUCAAGUUCCGAGUCUCACCCACAUAUCUGUCAGUUCAUGGUAUUGGUUCUGGGCAGUGUGUGUCAACAAAGUUAGUUAGUGCAGGAGUGUCACCGAGGUCACAGAAGAUUUCUCCGUUCGAAGAAGAGAUGCAGUUUUUCGUCCUUCCGAAGCUGACUUCCUCAUUGCCAACCUCCAGCUUCAAUCCUUCGGAAUGGAAACUUCCCAGGACAGCUCUUUUGGCAGAUCCAAACUUCUACGAAGCCGGACCAGUAGAUGUGAUCAUCGGAGCGGAACAUUAUUUGGAUUUACUGGCAGAUGGACAGCUGAAGGUGAUGGAUGAUGGGCCGACUUUGCAGAAUACUGUCUUUGGAUGGAUCGUGUCAGGCCGUGUUCCGGAUUCUUCAAUUACCAUACCUCGGUCCUUGGCCCAUGUGUGUUCUACUGCGGAGCUUCAGGAUCAGCUAACCAAGUUCUGGGAAGUUGAAACCUGCCGUACAACCAGCACACACUCCGUUGAAGAAUCUACUUGCGAAGAGAUUUUCGGGAAGACCACUGUACGCGACGAUUCCGGAAGGUUUGUUAUCACUCUUCUGAAGAAGGACCUCCUCAUCGAGAAGCUUGGCGAAUCGAGGUCUACUGCAGUUCGACGACUAUGCAGUUUGCAGCGAAGACUCUCAUUGAAUCCUGAACUUCGGACCCAGUACUUCGAGUUCAUUCAAGAAUACCUGGACAUGGAGCACAUGGAGAUUCUCGAUGAAAAGUGUGAAGGUACUACGUACUACCUGCCUCAUCACGCAGUACUGAAGCCGGAGAGUACAACCACGAAGCUGCGAGUGGUAUUUGAUGCAUCCUGCAAAACAUCAACUGGAGUCUCGUUGAACGAUGCCCUAAUGGUCGGACCCGUCGUACAGGAUGAAUUGAUCAACAUCAAUCUCCGGUUCCGUCUCCAUCGUUACGCUGUCGUUGCGGAUGUGGCGAAGAUGUAUCGCAUGAUAGCAGUCUCCAGUCCAGAUCAGAAACUCCAGAGAAUCGUGUGGACGGGCAAGGCAGAUCAAGACAUUCGUACUUUCCAGCUGACUACCGUAACCUACGGAACCGCGUCUGCUCCGUAUCUAGCUACCAGAUGUUUGAUGCAGCUAGCAGAAGAGGGGAAAGAAACCCACCCAACGGCCGCCGCCGUCCUGAAACAAAACUUCUACGUCGAUGAUAUGUUGUCAGGCGUAGAUGACAUAGAAGAGGGCAAGCAGUUUGUCGAAGAAAUGGUAGACUUAAUGCAGUCCGGAGGUUUCACGCUAAGAAAGUGGAAUUCCAAUUGUGGCGAGAUUUUGCGUCAGGUUCCAGAGCAUUUACGAGACGAUCGGUCCAUUCUCACUCUUGAUUCAGCAGACUCGACUGUUAAAACACUAGGUUUGCAGUGGGAACCACGAAGGGAUGUUUAUCGCUUCAGUACUCCAAGGUGGACACAAUCUGGCGCGAUUACCAAGCGCAUAGUGUUAUCGGACAUUUCUUGA